AUGGUGUUGUUCUGGAGCUUGGCCCUCAACACCAGGCUCUUCAAUAACAAGCUACAAGGAGUGAAGGAGAGCUACUGUAUCACAUUUAUCGGCGGUACUGCGCGUGUCGCGGGCAUCCGUUCGUAUCGCACUACGAGAUCGGGUACGGUCCGGGCACUACCUAUCAAUGGUGCUGACUGUUGGCAGGCUCGCUUAUUGCUUCAGUGGAUUUUAAGAGAGCGGCUUAAGCCAAUGGAUGGCGCGAUCCAUGGCAUGGGUGGUCUCCGUGAUUUGUUGUUAAGGUUAUCGCAACUCGCUCUCGGUGUCAAUGGUGACACCCCUCGGGCCUUUGUGUCACCGUCUCAUUCUAGAUCCCUUCUACAGCGCAAACGGCAACAUUAUCUUGGCUUGGUUGGCAAUAAGAUCUCAAGAGAAAGAUCUGGUAUCAUUCUUUGCGUUAAAACACGCGAGAUCGGGGUUGUCCCAGCUGAGUGGAUGGUACCCGUUAAGCAGUACGACCCUCCCCCAUUCACGGACAUGUUUUCCGACACAUUAUCUGUCCCAUCAGUCUUCAACCUCUCUUCACUUCCCCUGUUCCAAGUGCCGUGCUUUGCCCUUUGGGAAAUGCCACUCUGGGAGUUCAACAACCGGACAAGGCCCUGUUGA